AUGAAGUUGAGUACGCUUACGGUGCUUACCACUGUGGCAUCAGUGCAAGCCGCGAUGGUGGAUUGGAACCUUGACGGGGUUUUGAAACCUGGUGAUUUGUUCAUAAUGAACCUCCCCCCUAUCAUCAACCAACCCAAUGGAUCACACGUUGCCCUUGGUGAAUAUGCCGACUGCUACACGCAUGAUCAUCAGCUCGAUUGUGUAGCUACAGACAAGGUUGAAUCGGGUAAGGCUCGAUCAGGAUCCGUUGAAUUGCAAACUUCUGACGAACAGAUACAAGCACGCAACUUGGUGAGACGUGGAAUUACCAUCACCAUCAAUAACAUUUAUGGUAACGUUAAUGGUCCAGUUGUGAACGGCAAUGUUGUUGGCAAUGGUAAUUUGAACGGUAAUGGCAAUGUUGGUGACAACAACGGCAACGACAACGCUAAUGAAAACAAGGGCAAUAAUGUUCUCAACGAUGGUACUAUGGGUGAUGUUGUGUACGAUGAGAAUGGGAAUGUUUGUGAAGUAUGCAAGAAAACCACCACGUCUUGUGAUGUCACCGAAACGACCCCUGCUACUCCCACACCAGAGACGACAACGACACUUUCAAUCAAGCCGACUACCUCGGUGAGUGAGCCCCCCAAGCCAAGCACGAAGCAAACAACGGAGCCCACUACUGAGCCCACUACUGAGCCCACCACUGAGCCCACCACUGAGCCCACCACUGAGCCCACCACUGAGCCCACCACUGAGUCCUCGACCGAACCUUGUACCGAGCCCACUGGUAACGAAUCUACCGUUGAACCUUCAACUAAGCUGUCAACAGAGGUUUCCACCGAACCCACUACUGAAAUCUCCGCUCAAAGUUCGACAGAAUCUACAAAUGAAGCUACAACUGAGUCUAUCCCUGAGGCAACUACGAAGACCACCACAGAGGAAUGUACCAUUGACACCACUACUGAGCCUGCUACUGAAACCGAGUCUACACCUGCACCCAGCACGGAACCUAGCUCGGAAUCCAUUGCCAACCUGUCCUUUACUUCAGAGUCUUCUACUGAGGCUAGCACUGAGACCACUGAAUCGACAGUUGAGGAACCGACGACGGAAUCUUCAUCCACUCAGCCCACUAUCACCGUGCCAUCAACUGAGCCCAUCACUGAUGCUUCCUCCACGGUGGUAACCACUGAGCCGUCCACUGAGUCUUCUGCUGAGCCAACUAGUGAACCCUCGACCGAGGAACCAUCCACGAAACAGUCUGUUACGAAGUCAUCCCAAAAGCCUUCCUCAGAAAUUACAUCGGCGCCAACUACUGAAGAGUCCACCACCGAGGAAUCUACAAUUGAGUCCACUACCGAGAAAUCUACAAAUGAGUCCACUACCGAGAAAUCUACAAAUGAGUCCACUACCGAGGAAUCUACAAUUGAGUCCACUACUGAAAAAUCUACAAUUGAUUCUACUACUGAAUCAAUUGUAGAGUCCACCACAGAGCUGAAGAUUGAGUCGGAUUCCACCGCUAAGUUGACAAGUGAGUCCCUGACUGAGCCCUUGACAGAGUCGUCCACCAUUAUUACCACAACUACUGUAUCCUGCGAUAGCUUGUUUUCGGUUGAACUGCUGCCUUGCUCAAGUGUUGAAUCCUCGACUGACUUAUCGCUGACGCUGGAAAUUUCCACGCUGACAAACUCAUGUUACACUGUGGUGACUGUUAAAGAAUGCUAUCUGGUGUCGUCCUCCUGUGUCGAGUCUGUCGUUACGCUGGUGUACUCUCACUGUAUCAAUACGGCUCUGACAGAGUCAAAGUCCACCUCUGAGACUACUGAUGUAUUUUCUAGUGAGCCCUCUGUUCCACAAUCAGUCUCCUCAUCAUCGCGUACUGAACUUACGCUGGCCGCUUCUACUACCGCCACUACCCCGGCUGUUACCACCACCGUUGAAUUGAGUUCUGAUUGCUCUACCGAGACUUCUUAUCAUGAGCCUGCAGGUUCGUCCUCUGAGGUUACCCCGAAUGAGUUGACGUCUUCGAGACCUGCUGAAUAUACCAACAUUCUGUCAACUACUGGAGUUGUGCCCUCCCCUGAGAACACGGUGGAAACUGUCUCUGAACCUGUCACCACCACGGACAAAUCCGCUAGUAGUGAAGAGCCCACUACCUAUGAGCUGACUACUACUGAAGUCACUGGUGAACCUACUACCGAUAAGCCUGAAGUUCCCACUAGUCAACUGACUGAGCCGGGCAUUGAGUCUACUUCUCCGGUUGAAGUUGAAACUAAACCUACGCUGACUUUGCUGAUUGCGUCUACAAAUGUACAAACAGAGGAAGGCGAACCCUCUAAGUCCGAACUGGUUGUUGAGCCCUCAGCCACUGCUUUGACGACAACUGCUCCCGAAUACCCCGACGCAACUACGGUCAUUUCCACUACGCCCACCAAAAACCUGGUGUCCGAUGUUGUGCCGACUAAUGUUGAGCUGGUGCCAGAAGUUACCACCAUGGUUCUGUACUCCUCGUCUAGCUCGGUUGUUGUUUGUCUUACUUGUUCACCUCAGACCCCCGAGCCCCCCAUCAUUUCAGUGCAAGAAGGCUCUGGGUCGAGAUUGGUUGGUUCGUUCCCCGUGUUACUCUUGGCAGUGAUAGGGUUAUUGUAG